GAUUGAAGGGAAUGGUUUUAAUGCGAUUGCGUUGUAUGUUCAUGGCACGCAUUCCCAGACAAAGACGGUAGAAUCCUAUGACCAACUGAAACCAAAACCAAAUGAAAUUCACCAAUGGCUCUAAUGGCUACAAGAACGAAGCUCUCUAGGUUUAUUCAAAUCACUUUGAACCUUAAUUCCAACACCCGUGGCUCAAUCUUCCACCAUUCUUAUUCUUCUUCUGCUUCUUCGGCCGCUGCUGCAACAGAAGCCAUAGGGGUUGGGUUUGACCUUUUUGGAGUCAAAGAUUAUGAAGAUUACAGGAGGUCUCUUUACGGUGAGAUCACCCACAAGGCCUUGCUUGUUGACGCUGUUGGUACUCUCGUUGUUCCCUCUCAGCCCAUGGCCCAGAUAUAUAGAGAGAUUGGGGAGAAGUAUGGAGUGGCUUAUUCAGAAGUUGAGAUAUUGAACCGAUACCGAAGGGCUUAUGAGCAACCAUGGGGCAAAUCUCGUCUCAGAUAUGUGAAUGAUGGAAGACCUUUCUGGCAAUUUAUCGUCAGUUCUUCCACUGGCUGCUCAGACUCUCAGUACUUUGAAGAACUUUAUAACUACUAUAUGACUGAAAAGGCUUGGCACCUAUGUGAUCCUGAAGCGGAGAAAGUAUUUAAGGCUAUCAGAGAAGCAGGUGUCAAAUUGGCUGUUGUGUCAAAUUUUGAUACCCGAUUAAGGCCUCUAUUGCGUGCUUUAGAUUGUGAUCAUUGGUUUGAUGCUGUUGCAGUGUCAGCUGAAGUUGAAGCAGAGAAGCCAAAUCCAACAAUAUUUCUGAAAGCUUGUGAGUUACUGGGAGUUAACCCAGAGGAUGCUGUCCAUGUAGGGGAUGAUCGUAGGAAUGAUGUGUGGGGUGCCAGAGAUGCAGGGUGUGAUGCUUGGCUUUGGGGAAGUGAUGUUCACUCCUUUAAGGAGGUUGCUCGACGGAUUGGGAUAAAGGUUUGAGAGAACAUGGUCAGGAGGACAAGUUAAAUGAGGCUUUAUGUUUAACAUAUUGUAUAGGGUUGAAUUUGAGAUUUUUGAGUAUGCUGUUGGUAAAAGUACUGUUUUGGAUUAAGUUACAGGGUUUGAUAUAUUGUAUAUAACCUUUCACUGUGUUUUCUGUAAUAUUGUAUUUGAAAAGACUAUACCUAACAAUAAUAUAAUUAAAAAUAAUCCUAUUUUUAAAUGAA